AUGAAGAAGCUUUUUGGCUUCAGGAGUAAGAAGGGCGUGUCACCCUUCGGCUCCUCCAUCAGCCUGGGGAGAGACAGAGGUCAUCAUAAAACCAGCUUCCAGCCCUGGUACCACAUCCGAGACAAGGACCUCAGAAAGAUCCACAAAGCUGCCAGCGUAGGCAACGUAGCUAAAGUGCAGCAGGUCCUGUUGCUUGGAGAGAAUGGCUUGAACGAGAAGGACAAGAUGAACAGGACUGCCCUCCACUUGGCCUGUGCCAAUGGCCAUCCAGCAGUGGUGGCUCUCCUCCUGACGAGAAGAUGCCUGCCUAACCUCUGUGACAGUGAAAACAAGACCGCGCUGAUGAAGGCCGUAGAAUGCCAAGAGGAGGAGUGCGCGACUCUCCUGCUGGAGCACGGCGCCGACCCGAACCUCACGGACGCCAAUGGCAACACCGCGCUCCACCACGCUGUCUUUUGCCAGAAUAUAUCACUCGCAGCAAAGCUGCUUUCCUAUCACGCCAAUAUAGAAGCCAGGAACGAGGAUGACCUCACACCACUAUUACUGGCCAUAAGUGAAAGGAAACAGCAAAUGGUGGAAUUUUUAGUAAAGAAAGAAGCAAAUGUACACGCGGUUGAUAAGAUGAAAAGAACCGCCCUCAUCCUUGCUGUCAUUUACGAGUCUAUGAGUGUCGUCAGUCUUCUCCUGCAGCGAGGUGCUGACAUCUUUUCUCAAGAUGUCUUUGGACGGACUGCAGAAGAAUAUGCUGCUCUGAGUGGUUUUAAUAUCAUUUGCCAACUGAUCUCUGAAUAUAAAGAAAAGAGGCCUAAAACUCCUCCCGAAAAGAGCAACCCAGUGGAUACGAGUUCUGAAGAAGACUCUUUAAGCAGGUUUUCCAACAAACCUGGUGCUGACUCAUGGCCUCCGUCAGAUGAUGAAAUCUUAGAUUUUGAAACCAAGCAUGUCCCGAAACCAAACUUAGCAAAGCUACUGAAGGCUUUUCAGCAAUCCAAGAGAAACGAAGCAGAAUGUGGCACUGUGAGACGGGAGAGUACCACCUUCUCUGAGAACAAUAAUUCUGAUAGUGAAAUUGAAGAUGUGCUUGAAACCUUUCCCAAACCAUCACCUGGAGUCCAGGGCUUCCCUCAUCCUGCCUCUCCAAGGCCUGAGCCUCUUCCAAAACCACUCAAGACUCUAGCAGGCCUUGGUCUUGCACAGGUUGAAGAAGAAAAGAAGCACAAAAGUAGUGAAGUGGAAGUAUCAGACAAUGUAUGCGAUGCUGCUGAUGAGAGUCGACUGAGUCAGCAGAGAAAGAGUAGAGGAAAUAACAAGCAGGAGUUUCCUGCUAUGGAGAAUAAAGGUUCUGAUGGGUUUCUGAUAGUGGUAGAAAAGCCAAAGGUCUGUUAUGCAAAUACCACAUGCUGCAGGAUGAAAUAGCCAGCCUAAGACUGGAAAUAGAUGCAGUAAAAAAUCAGAAUUGGGAAAAUGAGAAGAAAUAUUCUGAGGAUAUUGAAAAUCUUCAACAGGCAAUGAAAUCGAUAGAGGAAAUAUUCACACAGACUAUAUUCCAGUAUACUGGUCAGCUUACUGUUCUGGGAGCUGAGAAUACAAUGCUCAACUCUGAGCUGGAGAACAAUAGACAAAGCAGACCCAGACGGGAGACAAAAGUGGAAUCCUACCGUUCUAGACUGGCUGCUGCCAUUCACGAUCAUGAGCAAGGUCAGACAUCACAGAGAGACCUAGAACUUGCCUUCCAGAAAGCACACGAUGAGAGGUUAUGCUUGCAGGACCCAAUGAAGUGCCGUGUGACUAAGCUGAAAAGUAACAGGGAGACGGCUUCCCAGCAACUUCCUAAAGUGGAAAGUAAAUUCAAUAAGCUAAAAAUGAAGCCGCAUCAGACGAGAGAUGAUCUCAGAGGAAAGACUUUGAAGUUAGAAUGUGUCCAGAGAGACCUACGCCAAGCAGAGUGUCAAAAGCAGGAAAUUGAACACAUGGACCAGAAUGAACAAGGCAAAGUGAAUGAAAACCUUGGAAAGCAGGAAUCCUUAGAGGGGAGAUUAUCUCAACUCCAGAGUGAAAAUAUGUUGCUCCGACAGCACUUGGAUGAUGCACAAAACAAAGCUGACAGUAAAGAGAAGACAGUCAUUAGCAUCCAAGACCAUUUUCAGCAGAUGGUGAGAAAACUUCAUGCUGAAAGUGGGAAACAACGUCUGAUGCUGGAGGAAAGAAACAAGGAGUUAAUCAACAAAUGCAAUCAUUUAGAAGAGAGAAUGUGUCAGUAUGAAAAUGAGGAAGCAGAAGGAAAAGCAGAUAUGAGACAACUUCGGCAAGAACUGGCUGAUGGCCUCAAAAAGUGGUCUAUGUCGGAGGCUGCACGGGAAGGCAUGGCACGUAGCUGUGCCAACUUAGAAGAUGAGAUACAGGAUUUAAAGAGCAAGUUCCGUCAACUCCCAAGUCAGUUGCAAGAAGCACAGGAUCAACAUACAGAGGCCGUGAGAUGUGCUGAAAAGACACAGG